AUUGUUUGGGGCUUAAUGUGAAUAUUCUGAAAAUUGAGGGACUUAAAAAGAGGGAAAAGAUUUGGAUAAGGAUCAAUUACUUUUUUUUCCUUCUUUCUUCUUCCUCACCCGCGCGUCUGCUUUUCUUUUCUUCUCCCUGCACCGAACAACAAAGCCCAGCUACCGGUGACAUUUUCCCCUGAGAACCGAAUUUCCAGAUCUGCUCUGCUCCUCCUCCUCACCGCCGGCUGCUCCUGCUUUGUGGGGGCGAAUUGCUCGGUUUUUUGAUUGCGUGAAUUCCCCCUGCACUUGCCGCCGGCUUCUUCCCCCAAACUGCAGUCCGGUUGUGCUAGGAAAAUUCUGGUUCCUGAUCGUUCUGUCAGUUUAGCACUGGGAUCGAGUCUUCGGUUUUAUGUGAGUGAGGUAAGUAAAUUUAUGGUAAUGCCCGUACAGUUUUAAAAAAACAUGUUUUAACUUGUUUUUGAAAUGAUGGCGGGACUAAACCUGUUUUACACGAGUAUGAUUGAUUUGAACUGAAAAUUUUUAUGCUUUUCAUUAAAUUGAGCAUGCCUACUUGAAAUUUAAUUGAUUGUCCUGAUGAUCUGAAAGUGAUUGAUGAAUUAUGAUUUUUCUGUUAACUUCUGCCUGUUUUGUCUGCGAUAUGGUCAUGUUAUUCGUGUGCCUGCUAGUGGGAGGUUUAUAAACGCUAGCACAUGUCGACAUGUUACUGAUAGAACCGGUUCGUUUCUGUUAUCCUACUAGUGGAAUUAUACACUAGUAAAUCGUGUGCCUGUCAGUGGGAGGUUUAUAACAAUGGCCAUGACCUAUAGAAGAGACGUCUAUUUCGUUCUCGUACUGUAUCCAUUUUUCUGAUUAUACUUGUUGGCAUGCUAUAAGUUCAAUUGAGGGCACUCCAUAUUUUGCUUACUGAGUUUAUCUCAUAGUUUUUUUCUUGUCCACCAUUUUAGGAAGUGAAACCGAGGACGGGGAAACCACGGGAAGCGACGAGUUAGAAGGCUAGCCAUUUCGAGAUUGAUAUAGAUUUUAGAUAUAGAUCAUGAUCUUGUAAACAAGAUUUUAAUUGGAGAUUUAUAAAUUCAUUUAAUGGAUUGUUAGUUACAAGAGAUUUGACCGAGAUUUUGAGUUUAAGUCAUGUUGGAUAUAGAAUUAAUUUGAAAUAUAUUAUUUAAGUUAUC